UUGAUAAACACUAGAAGCUUAUUUCUGCGUAGUGACAGCUAUUUCUUUUCAGGUGUACAAGAUGAAACGUAUGCAUCCGAUGAAAAGACGGAACAGUGGUUGAAGUAUUUAAAAACUAUGUCAGAUGUUAAAUGCACCUUGGAAAAGGCAUCAAGAGAGCUUGAUAAACCUGUGACUGAUACGGAACAAGCUGUGAAGUCAUCACAGCUGCAGUGUAAUAUGGACCCGUGCUUAGCGCAGCUUAACGCUGCCACAGCUUCGCUGAUACGAGCUACCGUGGAUCAGGUGAAUCCAAAUUACAACGAGGCGGAUAAAGCUACUAGAAAAAUCGGUGAAUUGAUACCCGACAUUAUUCACAAUUCUAAUGCCUUGAGCGUGUCAAAGGAUGAUGUAACCAGACAAAAUAUGGCGACCGCGCUUAAGGCUCUCUGUGAAGCUACAACAGAAAUCUGCUUGGAAACAGAAUUCGGCCGCAUUAAAAAUGCAUACGAUCCAAUUUCUAAGUUUGCUGAAGCCUCGAGCAAAUUGUGCUACGUGUUUAAUCCGCGAGCCGACAUGAAGAGAGAGAAUUUGAUUGUUGAACUAUCUAAAUCUGCUUGCGACAAGGCGUCUGUUCUCCUCUCUCAAGUGUACCAACUCGCUGAGAGCACGGGAGGGGAGGAAGGUGCGGAGUUGGAUAGAAAUGGAGCAAAAGUUGUUGAUGCGGCACAAUCACUGCUUACUACUGCAGAGAUUACAGCUUCAACUAUUGAGGAUCCUCACUGUCAGGCCACACUUAUGUCGUCGGCAGACGAUGUGACUUCCUUGUUGCGCCAACUAGCCGAUACUUGGUCAACAUUGCUACAAGAUCCCAAAAGAAAAAGUUUAAAGGAUCAACUGAACAGUGAAAGGUCAGAACUUGAAAGUGCAAUCGAGGAGUUGAGAACAGCGUGCAAGGAUGCAUCUGAUGUAACGCUAAAGCCAACAAAGCCAGUAAAGCCACCACCUCCAAAAAGAACAUCUUUAAUAUAUGUGGAUCAAAAGAAUCUUCAAGAGGAGAAACUAAAAUUAGCCAAAUCUGUGGAUGAAGCAAUCAAAAGUAUUGCGCAUACAGAAAACCAAAUCAGAGAGAUGUACAAUAAAAAAAGCGUUGAUACAUCCGUGGAAGCUGCUCAAACAGCAUCUCAACAACUUGAACGUAAACUUGUUCUGGCUAGUGUAGCGGCGUCGCAUCUCGUUUUUUGUAAUGAUCCUGAGAAAAUGAAUUAUAAAGUGGCUGACGAGUCCGUGAAGAGUUUGUCGGAACUAUUUCAAACAAUUGUCAAAGAUGCACGGGAACUCAGCAAUUCACAUAAUCUUCGAGCGAAAUCAAUUUUAGAUGAUACGCUCGGAUUAUGCGAGGCUACGAGAGCUUUGUGUGGCGCUGCUAAGGAUGAUAGACAGAAGCUGAAUGAAAUUGCAGUCGAUUUUGCAAACAAAUCUGCCAAGCUGCUCUAUACAAUUGGCACUGGCGUAGAUCCGGAACAAGAAAAAGAGGUGAUUGCCCGUGCGAGAGUGAUCGGAGACUGUGCGUCACGGCUCACGAGCUGCGGCGCGGCGGGAGCUCAGCUCGCGGAGGACGCGCGCGCGCAGGCGCUGUGCGUCGCUGCGAGCAACUGUGCCAAUGCCGCCAGCAACCUGCUCUACAUCACUAAGCUUGUAGCACCUUCGAUCCAGUACCCGGAGAGCCAAAACAUCCUUUUAACGGCCGCCGACCAACUAUCAGGACAAGUGAAACAAUUUUUAUCUAGUUCAACUCCCUUAUCUUCCCAACAAGAAGAGUUCAAUUUUGUUAAAGAUCUUGAAAUGGAAGGGGAGAAUCUGGAAAGACUACUAAGCGAUCUAAAACAAGACGUUAAAAACGAAAACAUGGUAAAAAGAAGGAAAGAAGAGAUUUUAAUGAUUGAAGACUCUCCAAUGCGACAAUUAGCUUCGGAGAUUUUAGAAACUUAUAAGACUUAUGUGGAAUCUUCUGAUCUGCCCAUGGAAGAAAGAAGAAAUCAUGCCCACGAUGCUGAUAAGUUGUCUGCCGCAAUAAAGGAACUGGAUGUUGCUAAUGCACAUUGCCGAAAUUCUCCUCAGGAUGCAAGCACACUUCGUAGAUUGGAAAACGCAACUCAAAACUUGCAGCAAACACUCCUGCAGUGUCACCGUGGACACGGGAAGGAGCAAAGUAACAUCGUCGAUUUAAUGGAUUAUGUUCAAGACGUUCUUUCAAAUAUUGAAAUGUUAUCAAAAACAGCGAAUGAAACUAAUGGCGAACACUGCAAAAAACAGUUGCAGGACAUCAAGGACGAAUGUGACAAGAUGCGGAAGCAUGCAACAAAACUGACCAACCCUACUGAACCUCGCGGGGAAGGAAAUCUAACGGAUGACUUGCUGCUGAUUGAUGAUUUCGCUCAGGAUUGUGGUAAAGCUGUUUCACGUGUUUAUUCGUAUGCAAAGACUGUGCCUGAUGUACAAUCACGAAGGCAAUUGGAAAUUAAAACUCACAGGUUGACGGACAGUGUAAAUAUAUUAAGAUUUGCAGUAAAAAGCGCUUUAGCAACAGCAGACAGCGCUUCGUUGGAUGAAUGUUUGCAUGAUCUAACUGAACUAGAAAGCAGAAUAGAUAAUAUGUUGCAGCCAACUAAAAUUUUACAUACACCUCAGUUCACCAAGGAGGGUAGUUCGGCUUUUGCGGCUUUAUGCUGCGCGGCUGCAUCUCCUCACAGCUCAGCGACGACACUGACGCCAGCUCUCACCACAUACGUCACGGAGAUGCGGAUGCGGACGAACCUAAACGAUCCACAGGAGAAACACAAGUUAGAAGCCCAUCUGAAGAAACUACUGUGCUUGCUAAAAACGCUGAUGAUGACCACGAGCAGACAUACGGCUACCUGGCAGGAGCAAGACGACGGUGAAGUGAUGACCAUCACUGAUCAAGUAAUCCAGGAGUUGGAAAAUUACGAAGAUGUUGGAAGUGAUAGGGAAAAGCAAGGAUAUAAUAUUAUAGAUAAGGUUGAUGUAAGACGACUUCUUCUGCCUCCUACAAACAAACAUUUAAAAGGCGAUAAAAAUGAACUCAGCAAGAAGUUACACCAGACUUCUGCUAAAUUAAACUCUCUGAUGGGUACCAUAACGUCCAGUAUUCAAACACCUAACACGCUGUCCAAGAGUCUCCACGCCACUGCAGGCGCUGCAAUAGAACUGGCCACCUUAGCUCGUGGUCUCCGAAACCCUGAGAAUCGUUUACAGAGCAACCAAAUAGAAGAGUCAGCGAGAGAUAUGUGUUUUGCUACUUUCAACCUCUUAAAAGCAGCGGAGAAAGUUAGUUGUGAGCCGGAUCGUCCAAAUUCAAGAUGGCGACUUUUUGACGCUUGCCGAUCUCUGAAUGACUCCAUAAAUAAAUUAAUUAGAGCCACAGAUUAUAGGCGAGAAGGUGACGAGCUGAUACGUAGUUUGCAGCUUCAGCAGAGUUUCCUGCAAAAUCUGCAGCCGACAUGUGCCUUGAACUACGAGGAAUGCGUUGAAGCUUUGCAGAAUCAAAGUGACGUCAUAUAUAAACUAAAGAGUGACCAGGAAAUGUCCCAUGAAGAAGGCAUUGCUAACCUCCAAUACAUAUCUUCUACUGUAUGCAACACUUCGGAGUACGCGGCGCAGUGCGCCUAUCUGAUUUCGAUAUGCGAUAAAUAUAAGAUUAUGGCCAAAGACGGACUGCUAGACGUGACAGGACUCCAAAAACUGAUAAGGUCCAUACAAGAAAGUUGCGUGAGAAUUAUCUGCUUGGGAAACAUCAGCCAGGCUAAGGAUUUUGAAUCAGAACUUAACGAAAAAGGACGUCAACUACAAGAUUCAAUUAAUGAAUCAAAAGGAAAAAUUGAAGAUGUGACUGUUGAAAAGGAAAUGCUUGAAAUAAAUACUAGAAUAAAUACUGAUCUAGAGGAAUUUAAUAAAUCAGUACACGAACCUAACACUGAUAUGAUAACCAUAAAUACAAUUAUGCUCAAAAUUUUGGACAGUUUAGCCGCGCUUAGUGUUAUCAUUAAUCACCCAAGUAUCGUACCAAAUGUAAAAGAACUUACAAUGGACAGUCGCAGUGCAUGCCAUGAUGUAAACAACAAUUCCAGGGAACUGCUGAAUAAAACUAUUUCAUUGGUGAAAGAAACGAAUCAUUCCGCCGCUGGGAUAAAGUCUUGGGCUACUUUCGACGCCAGCAGAACGUCUGUUCUUCAAGCGUUCGAUGCACUGAUGAACAGUAUUAGGGAAAACGGUCGGCGCGCCGGCCUACUCCAAUCGUCCCAAACUGAAGAAGAGGAAUCAGAAGAACAAAAGAAGAGUUAUAUUGCAAUGCAAGUGGAUUUGGCAAAGAAUUGGCUGCAAAGUCCAACAACUAAUGAAAAAGCGAAAUCGACUGGAAUUGAAGGAGUUAAUAAUGUGAUUAAGAUCGCUAAUGAGAUGACCGAAGACCUAAAAGGCUUAGAGAAAGAUGAAAUGCGACAGGUGAUUGAUGAAGUGGAAAAGCUAGCAAAUGAAUGUUCGCUCAAAUACAAUAAAGAAAAAGCCAGUCUUUUAUUGGAGAGACUAAUGGAGCUAAGGAAAAUGUUGGAACGAGUCGUUGUGACAAGAGUUGUCGAAGAUUUCCUUGAAGAUGGUACUCCUCUGGGUGAUCUUGAUUUGCUGGUAGAUGUUGAGAAAGACGAGGCGAAACGCAAAUAUCUUCUAGAACAGAAGAUAGCCGAUCUAUUAGCGCAGAUGAAACGGAUCACGCGAACUGCGCGUCUCGUCGCCGGCACGGGAUCCGCUCACGUUCAGAGCGAACUCACGCAACACACGCAGCAGGUUGAACUUUUAGCGCCAUCUUUAGUUAAAGCCACACAAGAGAGAAUUAACUCACCGCAACAUCAAGAAAUUAUCGACAACUACAAAGCCGUAAUGGCUCAGUAUGCUGAAUCCAUGUCCAAGGUCCGCAUACUUUGCGAUCGCUCUCUUGAUCCCGUAGAUUUUGUGCAAGCUGCAGGUGAAACAAUGCAGCGGAUGCGUGAGGAAUACUCUGAACAAGACGAUCCACUGAAAUCUGCUCACGCAUCGAAUAUUAUUACAAGACUGGGGCAGCGCGUGGUAGAUGUGGGGCUGGGGUCGCGGCGCGCGCAGCAAGAGCCCGAGCUGCGGCGCGCGCUGCAGCGGGCGCAGCUUCGCUUGCAGCACGCCGCGCCGCCCACCGCCACCCUCGCCGCCCCGCUCGCCCGCACGCCACAGUGGACGGAUCUCACCGCCGAGAUCUUAAGGACAACUGGUGAAGUGGAGUCCGCUCUAUCUGGUGAAAAUAUCUUCCAAAAGCAACUAGAUCCGAAUCAACCGAUAUUCGCUGCAGCUUUGGAUCUACACGCUGCGGUACGAGAGUGGUCAGCCAGAGACAAUGAGAUAGUAGCGGUCGCUAAACGAAUGGCUGUCCUAAUGGCGCGCCUCUCCGAUUAUAUGAAUCACGAUAAAAAACGAGAGGUGAUCGCCUCGUCGAAAGCCAUAGUGAAAGCCUCAAGUGAAGUGGCGGCGCUGGCUAGGAAACUAGCGCUAGAGUGUACGGACGUUCGCAUAAGAAAUAAUCUUCUGCAGAUUUGCGACAGGAUACCAACCAUCAGCGGCCAGUUGAAAAUGUUGACAACGAUAAAAGGAUCGUUUUUGGGACGGCUAGGUAACCAAGAAGACAAAGAAGCCCUAAACAUGCUGGUUGAUAACGCCCAGAAUUUGAUGCAAAGCGUUCAGGAGGUGGUGAGUGCCGCGGCGAGUGCCUCUGUCAAGAUAAUGUCACAGCGUGCGCGCCCACGCAUCAGAUGGGUCAGGAAAAACUACUACGCAUAG